GAAUGGUUUUGCCCAACCGCAACUGCUAAUCCGGACUCCCAAAGCCAAGCACAGCAAUAGAGCCUGAUCAUACUAUGGAGGAGAAGCCAGGCAAUGACGCGAAACAACUGGAAAUCUUUGAAGUUGGCCCUUGUGCAGAUGGCUACAGCAUGGGAUUCUUGAUAGGCCACAGGUUCUCCGGACAGAUAAGAAGUAGGCUUGCCACAGACCUUAUCCUUCAAAACCGGCUGCUGCCAUUUGCUCAAACUCCUCAAGGCCACAAGCUCAUCAAAGCUUUAUCUGAAAAUAACCAGAAAAAGUUCCCCAAUUACUGGAAUGAACUUCUGGGAACUGCUCAAGGAAGUGGGGUGCCAUUUCUUGAUAUUUUGCUGCUCAACUUCAGGAAGGAAAUACUUCCAUUUAUACCGAAAUCCGAAGCAGAUUUGAGUUCGAGGGACGAUAACAAUGAUGAUUGCUCUGAUAUACUUGUGGUUAGUGAUUACAUGGCUAUUGCAGCUCAUAAUGAGGAUGCAAAUGUUGCUUUAAUAGGCCACACGCUUGAAAUGAAAUGCCGCUGCAGGUAUUUGAUCAAGGGAAUACUUCCAAAUGGACUAUGUUUCACUGCUUAUACAUAUGCAGGAGAGCUUCCAAGCUGUGCCUUUGCCUUUAAUAGUCUUGGAUUGGCAUUUACGCUGAACUCUGUACCGCCGUCUCAGUCUGAGAUUGUGGCUGGUGGGAUUGGCCGGAACUUCAUUUCGAGAGACUUGCUUGAAGCCGAGAGCAUGGAUGAUGCCUUAACCAGAAUUCGUUCAUCAGAAGUUUCCGUGGGACACAGUUACAAUCUGAUUGACACAGGGACGCGGAGAAUUUUGAACGUGGAAACUGCAUCAAGAACUCGAGUUUCCGUACUUGAGGUUGGGGAAACUCCAUUCUUCCAUGCAAAUAUGUACCUUCAUCUUCAAGUUCACCAGGUACAGGAUGAGAAUUCACUGACUAGACAAAAAAGUGCUGCUCUACUGCCAAAGAGUUCAAAAAUUGAUUUCCUUUCGCUCCUUGGAGACACAAGUGAUAAAACAUACCCCAUUUAUAUGACAGGACCAGUACUUUACACCCUCUGUACGGUUCUUAUUGAUUUAGAUGACAAUACUCUAUCGAUUACAGAAGGGAACCCAAAGCAAAGAGAACCCUCGUAUGUGUUUUCAAUGUCAUAAAAGCAGCUGGACAUAUCCCCAGAGAAGAAGAUUCGCAUGUUGUCAAGCAAAAAGCAAGGUCUAUGACUUCUUAAUCUUGUUGUAGUAGUCUGCCUAAGCGCUGAUGCUCAUUAACUCGUGGUUUUGCAAGGGAGGUGUUUCCCUUCUUGGAUCUCUUGCUUUCAUCUUCCGUUUUUAGUGUUCUACCUCUUACUUGGAUGCAAAUUAUGAAGUCUUGUCUUUCCCAAACAAAGGAGAAGACGAAUUUAUCUGCAA